AUGUACAAAUUAUUCUUGGUAUUGUAUGUAUAUUAUUCAUAUCUUUUGGUUGCAAAUGCUUGUCAGAAUCCAGAGCCACAGUCUUUAGUCUAUGCAAAUGGCAUGUCCAAUCUGUCGCCAAACGAUCCGUUGCUUUCUUCUGUAAAUAAGAAUGCCAAUGUCACUGAUUGCAUGGCAAAAAUUUUCACCGACAGCCAUACGUACGAUUCAAUCCACAAGUUUGUCGACGAUUCUAUCCACAAGUUUGUCGACGAUUCUAUUUGGGAAUAUCUUCGCACAAAACUUGGCAAUCUUACCGAUGGUAAUCCAACACAGAGCACAUGUCCUAGCCUUGAUUCGUGGGCAACUAGUUGCGGAGUUUCUUCCAAAAUUCUGUGCGAGCUCAUAUCUCUCAACAAUACAUACGGAAACUAUGGCGUAAAAGUGUGCCCAAAUGCAAUCCAAAUUGCUUACGCUGGAUUUGGGAUUCUUGACAUCUCCUUUUACUUGGAGGCCCAAAGCUGUCCCGAAUCUUACAGGGUCAUCAUUAACAAAAAUUCGGAUCAUGCAAAGAUCGUCUCCGCUGAAAAACUGUUAAAUAUGAUCCAAAACAUUGUAUCUCUGACAAAGGCCUCAAGGACAGCAAAUCCAAACAAAAAGUGCAAUUGCAACUCAGUUGAGCACAUUUUGUUCGACAUCGCUUCUGGAGUGUUUUACUCAAAUAACUCGGUGUUUUUUAUCUGCAAUCCAAUCAUCAUCAUUGACGGAAAAAACAAUCUCAAACUGCUAAUGGGCAAAGACUAUGUUUACAAAAUCCCCAGUGCCGAUGUUGAGAAUGUUUUCUUUUUACAGUCCUUUUUUAGAAUACCGGGCUCUGCGCUAUAUUUCGAUCGGAUCCGGAAUAUUUCAUUGGACAUGGAUUGUUCGGUAAUCAAAGACAGUAAUUUCUUUUUCGUUAAGCGAAACCCGGAUGGCAAAAUGCGAUUAUACAUUUCGCAACCCCUUGUCAUGUCAAGUGGUGUUUCUCCGCGCACUUCCUAUGAACGGCCAUCGUGUGAACUCGAAUCUGUUCAGAUUUGUCCCCGUGAGUUUGUUAUUCAUGCCUCCAUAAAGGGCCGGCCAGGCUCUUAUAUCAGUAUUUACGUUUCGAUCACAAGGGGAAACCGCAAGAUGUUAAAUCUAUUAACCAAGGUUUUAUAG